AUGGGUUCGGAACGGUAUCCAAUUCGCCAGAAUGGGAUCUAUCACAAUUUGCCCCAGUUCGACCCAAAGAUCAAGGAUCUUACUGCAAUUGUGACAGGUGCAAAUGGAAUCUCCGGCUUUCAUACCUGUCGAGCUCUCUUGGAAUCUCCAGACAGAUGGGAGAAAAUCUAUGCCAUGUCUCGUCGUCCACCACCAGAUGCCAUGAUGGCGCUUCUGACACGCGAACAACGUCGCAAGAUUGAGCAUGUGUCCAUCGAUUUUCUCCAGAACCCUAAGGAAGUGGCAGAGGCCAUGAAGAAUGCUGGCGUAGAGCGGGUAGAUUAUGUCUUUUUCUACUCGUAUUUACAACCUAGACCACCUCCAGGCUCACCUGCCUGGUCUAAUGAUGAGGAGCUCGUUGAGGUAAACUCUGCUCUUUUGAGAAACUUUCUCUCUGCAUUGCCAUUAUGCUCUCUCCAUCCGAGACGUAUUCUUCUUCAGACUGGUGCCAAAAACUAUGGUUCAAUAUAUGGCCGGUCGCGGGAACCAUGUAUUGAGUCGGAUCCACAGCCUUCUCACCUCGCCCCAAACUUUUACUACUCACAAGAAGCACUUCUCUUUCAAUACUGCAAAGAGCAUUCAGAGACUGGGUGGAAUAUAAUAAUGCCCUCAUGGAUCAUUGGUGCCACGACAAACGCUCAGAUGAACGCCUAUUACGCUUUCUCGGUGUAUGCUGCUGUGGCUGCAAAGCGAAGCUUGCCGCUUGUCUUCCCAGGUGAUUGGACAACCUGGCAGGGUCUUGUUUUCCAUUCCUCAGCCCGGUUGACCGGAUACCUGAGCGAGUGGGCAGUGCUCGAAGAUAAAUGUGCCAACCAAAGAUUCAAUAGCACAGAUACGGGCGCUGUGACGUGGGAUCGAUGGUUUGAGCGGUUUGCAGAGUGGUUUGGGAUCACUGCGGGGGUGCAGCCGCCCUCAGGGAAUUUAGAGAACCCGGUGGUGGUUACUGGUCUGCCCGGCGAGAAGUCGCCAAUAGGGUACGGCCCACCAGUGGAGAAUAAAAGCAGUUUCACAUUCCAACAAUGGGCCCUGGAUCCGGAGAACCGGAAAGCUUGGAACGAGCUCAUGGCAGAAAGUGAUGGCUUGUUAACGCACGAUCCUUUUGAAGAUGGAAGCGAAACUUUUGUAUUUGGUGAUGCAGCGCUGCCAGUUUGGGGGAGACAUCUAUCGAGCAAUAAGGCACGAAGGUUGGGCUGGACUGGGUUUGUCGACACAGUGGAGGGUGUAUUUGAGAUGUAUUGGGAAAUGGGUGGCGACGGUAGAAAGGGCAUGGGGAUGGUAUCAGCGAUGAAGGUCAAGGAAGCGAGACCAUUGGUAUGA